UCCCUGCGUCUCUCCUUCCUGCCUGAACCAACAUCUCGCCGCCAUCAUGUGCGACUGUUUCCACCUGGCCUUCCCCAACUGGCACGCCGCCUCUUCUGGGACGGGAGCUGGUGGACGGAGACUGCGAGCACCAGAGCCCGGGACAGAGGACGAUUCAGUAUGUGACGAGCCACCUCAGUUCACAGAGGGAGAGAGGCCACGUCCCCAAGGAUCGUCUCCCGUCGAGGAGUUUCCUGAAACCGAUAAAUACACCGACAGUGACAAAGAGUGUGACACAGAGCAUGACCCACGCCAUAAAAGUGGCACCGGGAAGAAAAGGAAAAAGUCUGGGCUCGGGUCCAUGUUUGAGAAGCGCUCGACUCCAAAGAUGAGUAAACUGAAGGAGCAUCCCAGUCCUGAGUCUGGUGUGAUUGUGAAAACAGCCAAAGAUGGAUGUGCAGAAGGUCUCAUUUACGGUGGAGGGGGGAAAGAGGGGAUCUUCAUUAAAGAAGUGAUACCAGAGUCACCAGCAUCAAAAAGUCUGAAACUGAGAGAAGGUGAUCAGGUCCUGAGCGCCACUGUGUAUUUUGACAACGUACCAUAUGAGGAUGCCAUUCAGAUUUUGGAGCAUGCUCAGGCGUACAACGUGAAACUCUGCUUGAAACGCAAACCGGACAUCAGUGAGACUGAACCAGCCAUGGAUUCCGAUGUUAUCCCUGAGGACGAGGUUUGCGCUCCGGAGAUGAGGGAACAAGGAAAAACCAAAAGGCGUGGAGAUGCUCGCAUUUCAUGGCCAAAGUUUCCUUCCUUUGGAAAAGGACCGAAGUCCCGCUUUACCAGGUCUCACAGUUCCUCAGAGGCUGAUGAGCAGAGAAAGCUGGAGCUUAGCCCCACCACUAGUGACACUGAGUCACCUAUAAAAUCUCAGGAUGCCCUCAAAGGCAAGAAGAGGCACAAAAUGAAGCUUUCUGUUCUGACAAAGAGAGGCCGCAUAAGUUCAUCUGAAGAUCAGGACACAGAGGCACCAACAACUGGGCAGACCAGUGAUGACAUUCACCAGACAGCGUCAGACAUGCUGUCACCUGAAUGCAUUGAAAGCCUCUCAGGACAAAUACCUGAGGUCUUUGUAACGGAGGAUGUGAGAGUAGUGGAAGAAAUAAGACUUGAACAAAGCGAUCAAAUUAUGACAGAUCCAGUUCAACACAAAGUGGAACUCAUCAGUAUAGACAGCACUUUAAAAACAGAAGAUCUAACUAUGGCUUUGGCAGAUCAAGGAUCAAGCCCCCCUGGCAUCAAAUCCCCCAAAGAGAAGAAAAGCAAGAAAGAAAGAUCUCAAUUAAAAAUGAAAAUUUUGGGUAAGGAGAAAUCACACAAGAAAGAUGCAAAAGCAAAAGGCUCACCAAAAAGGCUAAAAACACUAGGGGCAAGUAUUGAAGCAGCAGAUCAACCUGGAAAUGAAACAUCAGAUGCCAUUCCAGGCAGUGAGUCACAAACACAACUACAAGGAGAUAAUUUACUGCUGGAUAUCAACACCAGUGACGAGAGUCAACUUGCAAAGUCAGCCAUACCACAGAAGGAAAUGAGUAUACCAACGGUUGAUUUUGAUAUUUCUUCUACCUUUAUGCGUAAAUCACAGAAACAAGAACAGGCAAAGAAAGAUGACAUAAAACAAAAGCAGGAAAUAAAGACCUGUCCGACAUUUAAACUGCCUAAACUUGGCUUCAGUGAUAUUUCAACUGAGGAAACUGUACAAACAGUGAAUGUUGAAGAACGUCCAACAAAAAUGAAGCGUAAAAGUGAGGAUCCAGCAGUGAAAGACGAUCCUUAUGACAUACUUUCAAAAAGCAGUCAACUUCCCAAACGUGAAGACAUUGAAAUUCCAGGUAUGGAGGACAUGGCUGUGAGAACCAACGCCAAAGGAAUUAAAGAGCCUAAAGUGGGUUCAAGAGGACAUCAUGAAGAAAUGAAGGCUGACGCUGUACAAAUGUUAAUCGAUGUUAACAGUGUAAAAGAGGCCGUUUCAAAACUGCCUGGAUUCAAGCUGCCAAAGGUUGACACAUCCGGUGUCCCUAUUCCUGAAGAAAUUACUGUGAUAGAUGCAAAUGCACAAAGAAUAUCAGUGAAAACACCUACUAAAGUUGCAGAUACCAAAUCAAAAUAUGGGGGGCACCUUAUGAAGGUUGACAUAACUGCCUCACCAGAAAUCAAACUCCCUAAGAUUACACCUGUGGCUUCAACCUCAGAGGACCUUUUAAUCGAGACCAAGGUAGACUUUAAAACACCUGAAAAAGUGUACAAAACAGAGGUCUACAAACGAGAAGAUAUUAUAAUUCCUGGCAAAGAAAGUGAACAAGGCACAGUGGGGAUCACAUUUGAAAAUCAAUCUGCUGCUAUGUCCAGCCCAAAAGAAUCAAGUAAGAAAUCCAGUAAUUUAAAGAUAACAACGGCUAGCUUUAAAAUUGCACCAGUCAUACAAGUCCCUGAAAUUGGUGGUGACUUCACGAAACAGAACAAUUUUCAGGAAGGUGAUGCACUAUUAGGAAGAAGAACAAUAGUGCUCCAAGGUGAAACACCAAAAAUAUCGGAUGUUAAAAUGCCAGACAUCGAUAGCAUUGAAUACAUUGAUUCAGUCAGUGGUUCUCCAGCCCAAAUGGGUGCUGGCAUUAAUCUUACAGGUUUUGGUGUUCACCUUGAUGCUACAAAGCCAAAAACUGACAUUGAAGCUGAGGUCAAACUCCCAGAUGCUCCUGAAGUUAAUGCUACUCUUGAAAGUACAGAUGUUUCUAUUCCAGAGGAAAAGCUGAAAGUUGAAAAACCUGAGUUGGAAAUCAAACCACUACAAACUGAAGUUGAAUUUGAUUUACAAAGAAGCAAAUUCAAGAUGCCAAAGUUUGGGAUUAAAAUGCCAAAAAUGAAAGGACCUCAAUCGGAUAUAAGUAUGUCCAAGAAAGACAUGCAUGUUACACUUCCAGAAGGUAAAGCUGUGGUCAAACUCCCAGAUGCCCCUGAUGUUGAUGUUACUCUUGGAAGCAUAGAUGUUUCAAUUCCAGAACAGAAACUGGAAGUUGAAAAACCUGAGUUGGAAAUCAAACCUCUACAGACUGAUAUUGAACUUGAUGGACAAGGAAGUAAAUUCAAGAUGCCAAAGUUUGGUAUUAAAAUGCCAAAAAUGAAAGGACCUCAAUUGGACAUCAGCCUGCCAAAGAAAGACAUGGACAUCACAAUACCAGAAGCUGAAGUUAAACUCUCAAAUGCACCUGAAGUUGAUAUUAAUCUUGGAAGUGUAGAUGUUUCUAUUCCAGAACAAAAACUGCAAAUUGAAAAAACUGAAUUGGAAUUAAAACAGGCAGAGGUUGAAUUCGAUGGACAAUUCAAGAUGCGAAAAAUUGGGAUGUCAAUGCCAAAAGUAAAAGGACCUGAAAUUGACUUUAACAUGUCAAAGAAAGAUAUGGAUAUUCAAUUUCCAGAAGCCAAAGCAGAAAUCAAACUCCCUGAUGUCGAACUUAAAGAACCUUCUACUGAAGUGGAAUUUAAUGCUCCUGAGAUUGAAGCUCAGUUGGGCAGUAUGAAAGAAUCACCAUCAAAAUUUAAACUACCAACAUUUAAAUUCCCCAAAUUUGGAAUUGCUACUCCAGAUGUCAGUGAUGAAGCACCCGACAAAGACAUUAAAGUUGAGGCUACAAUCCCAGAGGUCCCUGAAAUUGAUGUGAGUCUUGGAAAAGCAGAAGUGUUGAUUCCAGAAGGAAAGUUGGAGGUUCAAAAACUUGAAAUGGAAAUCAAACCCUUAAAGUCUGAAGGUGAAUUUGAUGGACAAGGAGGCAAGUUUAAAAUGCCAAAGUUUGGGAUAUCAAUGCCAAAAGUAAAAGGACCUGAAAUUGAUAUCAGUUUAUCAAAGAAAGAUGUGGAUAUCAAAUUACCGGAAGCCAAAGCAGAGGUCAGUCUCCCUGAUGUUGAACUAAAGGAUCCUUCUGCUAAAGUGGAAGUUAAAUCUCCUGAGAUUGAAGCUCAGUUAGGUAGCAUGAAAGGAUCGUCAUCAAAAUUUAAAUUACCAACAUUCAAAUUGCCCAAAUUUGGAUUUGCUGCUCCAGAUGUCAGUGCUAAAGUACCGGAUACUGACAAAGACAUUAAAGUUGAGGUUAAAAUCCCAGAUGUCCCUGAAAUUGACGUCAAUCUUGGGAAAGCGGAAGUGUUGAUUCCAGAAGGAAAGUUGGAGGUGCAAAAACCGGAAGUUGAAAUCAAACCUCUACAGACUGAAGUUGAACUUGAUGGACAAGGAGGCAAAUUCAAGAUGCCAAAGCUUGGGGUGUCGAUGCCAAAAGUAAAAGGACCUGAAAUUGACCUUAGCAUAUCAAAGAAAGAUGCAGAUAUCAAAUUACCAGAAGCCAAAGUAGAAGUCAAUCUCCCUGAUGUUGAAUUAAAACAACCUUCUGCAAAAGUGGAAGUUCAGGCUCCUGAGAUUGAAGCUCAGUUUGAUAGCAUGAAAGGAUCGCCAUCAAAAUUUAAAUUACCAACGUUCAAAUUACCCAAAUUUGGAGUUGCUGCUCCAGAUGUCAGUGCUAAAGUACCGGAUACUGACAAAGACAUUAAAGUUGAGGUUAAAAUCCCAGAUGUCCCUGAAAUUGAUGUCAAUCUCGGGAAAGCGGAAGUGUUACUUCCAGAAGGAAAGUUGGAGGUGCAAAAACCGGAAGUUGAAAUCAAACCUCUACAGACUGAAAUUGAACUUGAUGGACAAGGAGGCAAAUUCAAGAUGCCAAAGCUUGGGGUGUCGAUGCCAAAAAUCAAAGGACCUGAAGUUGAUAUUAGCAUAUCAAAGAAAGAUGCAGAUAUCAAAUUACCAGAGGCCAAAGUAGAAAUCAAUCUCCCUGAUGUUGAAUUAAAACAACCUUCUGCAAAAGUGGAAGUUCAGGCUCCUGAGAUUGAAGCUCAGUUAGGUAGCAUGAAAGGAUCGCCAUCAAAAUUUAAAUUACCAACGUUCAAAUUCCCCAAAUUUGGAGUUGCUGCUCCAGAUGUCAGUGCUAAAGUACCGGAUACUGACAAAGACAUUAAAGUUGAGGUUAAAAUCCCAGAUGUCCCUGAAAUUGAUGUUAAUCUUGGGAAAGCAGAAGUGCUAAUUCCAGAAGGAAAUAUAGAGGUUCAAAAACCUGAAGUUGAAAUCAAACCUCUACAGAUGGAGGUUGAACUUGAUGGACAAGGAAGUAAAUUCAAGAUGCCAAAGCUUGGGAUGUCAAUGCCAAAAGUAAAAGGACCUGAAAUUGAUAUCAGCAUAUCAAAGAAAGAUGCGGAUAUCAAAUUACCCAAAGUCGAAGGAGACUUCAGUCUCCCUGAUGUUGAAUUAAAAGAACUUUCUGCUAAAGGGGAAGUUCAGGCUCCUGAGAUUGAAGCUCAGUUGGGUAGCAUGAAAGGAUCGCCAUCAAAAUUUAAAUUACCAACGUUCAAAUUCCCCAAAUUUGGAGUUGCUGCUCCAGACGUCAGUGCUAAAGUACCGGAUACUGACAAAGACAUUAAAGUUGAGGUUAAAAUCCCAGAUGUCCCUGAAAUUGAUGUUAAUCUUGGGGAAGCAGAAGUGUUAAUUCCAGAAGGAAAUAUAGACGUUCAAAAACCUGAAGUUGAAAUCAAACCUCUACAGAUGAAGGUUGAACUUGAUGGACAAGGAAGUAAAUUCAAGAUGCCAAAGCUUGGGAUGUCAAUGCCAAAAGUAAAAGGACCUGAAAUUGAUAUCAGCAUAUCAAAGAAAGAUGCCGAUAUCAAAUUACCCAAAGUCGAAGGAGACUUCAGUCUCCCUGAUGUUGAAUUAAAAGAACCUUCUGCUAAAGUGGAAGUUCAGGCUCCUGAGAUUGAAGCUCAGUUAGGUAGCAUGAAAGGAUCGCCAUCAAAGUUCAAAUUACCAACAUUCAAAUUCCCCAAAUUUGGAGUCGCUACUCCAGAUGUCAGUGCUAAAGUACCUGAUACAGACAAAGACAUUAAAGUUGAGGUUAAAAUCCCUGACGUCCCUGAAAUUGAUGUUAAUCUUGGGAAAGCAGAAGUGUUGAUUCCAGAAGGAAAGUUGGAGGUUCAAAAACCUGAAGUUAAAAUCAAAUCUCUUCAGACUGAAGUUGAACUUGAUGGACAAGGAGGCAAAUUCAAGAUGCCAAAGCUCGGGAUGUCAAUUCCAAAAGUAAAAGGACCUGAAAUUGACAUUAGCAUAUCAAAGAAAGAUGCAGACAUCAAAUUACCCAAAGUUGAAGGAGAACUCAAUCUCCCUGAUAUUGAAAUAAAAGAACCUUCUGCUAAAGUGGAAGUUGAAGCUCCUGAGAUUGAAGCUCAGUUAGGUAGCAUGAAAGGAUCUCCAUCAAAAUUUAAAUUACCAACAUUCAAAUUCCCCAAAUUUGGAGUUGCUGCUCCAGACGUCAGUGCUAAAGUACCGGAUACUGACAAAGACAUUAAAGUUGAGGUUAAAAUCCCAGAUGUCCCUGAAAUUGAUGUUAAUCUUGGGAAAGCAGAAGUGUUAAUUCCAGAAGGAAAUAUAGAGGUUCAAAAACCUGAAGUUGAAAUCAAACCUCUACAGAUGGAGGAACUUGAUGGACAAGGAAGUAAAUUCAAGAUGCCAAAGCUUGGGAUGUCAAUGCCAAAAGUAAAAGGACCUGAAAUUGAUAUCAGCAUAUCAAAGAAAGAUGCGGACAUCAAAUUACCCAAAGUCGAAGGAGACUUCAGUCUCCCUGAUGUUGAAUUAAAAGAACCUUCUGCUAAAGUGGAAGUUCAAGCUCCUGAGAUUGAAGCUCAGUUAGGUAGCAUGAAAGGAUCGCCAUCAAAGUUCAAAUUACCAACAUUCAAAUUCCCCAAAUUUGGAGUCGCUACUCCAGAUGUCAGUGCUAAAGUACCUGAUACAGACAAAGACAUUAAAGUUGAGGUUAAAAUCCCUGACGUCCCUGAAAUUGAUGUUAAUCUUGGGAAAGCAGAAGUGUUGAUUCCAGAAGGAAAGUUGGAGGUUCAAAAACCUGAAGUUAAAAUCAAAUCUCUUCAGACUGAAGUUGAACUUGAUGGACAAGGAGGCAAAUUCAAGAUGCCAAAGCUCGGGAUGUCAAUUCCAAAAGUAAAAGGACCUGAAAUUGACAUUAGCAUAUCAAAGAAAGAUGCAGACAUCAAAUUACCCAAAGUUGAAGGAGAACUCAAUCUCCCUGAUAUUGAAAUAAAAGAACCUUCUGCUAAAGUGGAAGUUGAAGCUCCUGAGAUUGAAGCUCAGUUAGGUAGCAUGAAAGGAUCGCCAUCAAAAUUUAAAUUACCAACAUUCAAAUUCCCCAAAUUUGGAGUUGCUGCUCCAGAUGUCAGUGCUAAAGUACCGGAUACUGGCAAAGACAUUAAAGUUGAGGUUAAAAUCCCAGACGUCACUGAAAUUGAUGUUAAUCUUGGGAAAGCGGAAGUGUUAAUUCCAGAAGGAAAGUUGGAGGUGCAAAAACCUGAAGUUCAAAUCAAACCUCUACAGACUGAAGUUGAACUUGAUGGACAAGGAAGUAAAUUCAAGAUGCCAAAGCUUGGGAUGUCAAUGCCAAAAAUAAAAGGACCUGAAAUUGAUAUUAGCAUAUCAAAGAAAGAUGUGGACAUCAAAUUACCAGAAACCGAAGCAGAGGUCAGCCUCCCUGAUAUUGAAUUAAAACAACCCUCUGCUAAAGCGGAAGUUCAGGCUCCUGAGAUUGAAGCUCAGUUAGGUAGCAUGAAAGGAUCGCCAUCAAAAUUUAAAUUACCAACGUUCAAAUUCCCCAAAUUUGGAGUUGCUGCUCCAGAUGUCAGUGCUAAAGUACCGGAUACUGACAAAGACAUUAAAGUUGAGGUUAAAAUCCCAGAUGUCCCUGAAAUUGAUGUUAAUCUUGGGAAAGCUGAAGUGUUAAUUCCAGAAGGAAAAAUAGAGGUUCAAAAACCGGAAGUUGAAAUCAAACCUCUACAGAUGGAGGUUGAACUUGAUGGACAAGGAAGUAAAUUCAAGAUGCCAAAGCUUGGGAUGUCAAUGCCAAAAAUAAAAGGACCUGAAAUUGAUAUCAGCAUAUCAAAGAGAGAUGCGGAUAUCAAAUUACCCAAAGUCGAAGGAGACUUCAGUCUCCCUGAUGUUGAAUUAAAAGAACCUUCUGCUAAAGUGGAAGUUCAAGCUCCUGAGAUUGAAGCUCAGUUAGGUAGCAUGAAAGGAUCGCCAUCAAAGUUCAAAUUACCAACAUUCAAAUUCCCCAAAUUUGGAGUUGCUGCUCCAGAUGUCAGUGCUAAAGUACCUGAUACAGACAAAGACAUUAAAGUUGAGGUUAAAAUCCCAGACGUCCCUAAAAUUGAUGUUAAAGCGGAAGUGUUAAUUCCAGAAGGAAUGUUGAAGGUGCAAAAACCUGAAGUUGAAAUCAAACCUCUACAGACUGAAGUUGAACUUGAUGGACAAGGAAGUAAAUUCAAGAUGCCAAAGCUUGGGGUGUCGAUGCCAAAAAUCAAAGGACCUGAAGUUGAUAUUAGCAUAUCAAAGAACGAUGCAGAUAUCAAAUUACCAGAAACCGAAGCAGAGGUGAGCCUCCCUGAUAUUGAAUUAAAACAAUCUUCUGCUAAAGUGGAAGUUCAAGCUCCUGAGAUUGAAGCUCAGUUAGGUAGCAUGAAAGGAUCGCAAUCAAAAUUCAAAUUACCAACGUUCAAAUUCCCUAAAUUUGGAGUUGCUGCUGCAGAUGUCAGUGCUAAAGUACCUGAUACUGACAAAGACAUUAAAGUUGAGGCCAGAAUUCCAGAGGUCCCUGAAAUUAAUGUUCAUACUGGAAAAGCAGAAGUGUUAAUUCCAGAAGGAAAAUUGGAGGUUCAAAAGCCUGAAGUUGAAAUCAAACCUCUACAGACCGAAGUUGAACUUGAUGGACAAGGAAGUAAAUUCAAGAUGCCAAAGCUUGGAAUGUCAAUGCCAAAAAUAAAAGGACCUGAAAUUGAUAUCAGCAUAUCAAAGAAAGAUGCAGAAAUCAAAUUACCAGAAACUGAAGCAGAGGUCAGCCUGACUGAUAUUGAAUUGAAAGAACCUUCUGCUAAAGUGGAAGUUCAGGCUCCUGAGAUUGAAGCUCAGUUAGGUAGCAUGAAAGGAUCGCCAUCAAAAUUUAAAUUACCAACGUUCAAAUUCCCCAAAUUCGGGGUUGCUGCUCCAGAUGUCAGUGCCAAAGUACCGGAUACUGACAAAGACAUUAAAGUUGAGGUUAAAAUCCCAGAUGUCCCUGAAAUUGAUGUUAAUCUUGGGAAAGCUGAAGUGUUGAUUCCAGAAGGAAAGUUGGAGGUGCAAAAACCUGAAGUUGAAAUCAAACCUCUACAGAUGGAGGUUGAACUUGAUGGACAAGGAGGCAAGUUUAAAAUGCCAAAGAUUGGAAUGUCAAUGCCAAAAGUAGAAGGACCUGAAAUCGACAUCAGCAUAUCAAAGAAAGAUACAGAUAUCAAAUUACCCAAAGUUGAAGCAGAAGUCAAUCUCCCUGAUGUUGAACUAAAAGAACCUUCUGCUAAAGUGGACGUUCAAGCUCCUGAGAUUGAAGCUCAGUUAGGUAGCAUGAAAGGUUCGCCAUCAAAGUUCAAAUUACCAACGUUCAAAUUCCCCAAAUUUGGAGUCGCUGCUCCAGAUGUCAGUGCUAAAGUACCGGAUAGUCACAAAGACAUUAAAGUUGAGGUUAAAAUCCCAGACGUCCCUGAAAUUGAUGUUCAUCUUGGGAAAGCAGAAGUGUUGAUUCCAGAAGGAAAGAUAGAGGUUCAAAAACCUGAAGUUGAAAUCAAACCUCUACAAAUGGAGGUUGAACUUGAUGGACAAGGAGGCAAGUUUAAAAUGCCAAAGAUUGGAAUGUCAAUGCCAAAGAAAGAUGUGGACAUCAAAUUACCCAAAGUUGAAGCAGAGGUUAGUCUCCCUGAUGUUAAAUUAAAAGAAUCUUCUGCUCAAGUGGAAGUUCAAGCUCCUGGGAUGGAAGCUCAGUUAGGCAGCAUGAAAGGCUCGCCAUCAAAAUUUAAAUUACCAACAUUCAAAUUCCCCAAAUUUGGACAUGCUACUUCAGAUGUAAGCGGUGAAGUACCUGACACAGACAAAGACAUUAAAGUUGACGUUAAAAUACCAGAAGUACCCGAAAUUGAUGUUAAACUUGGAAAAGCUGAAGUCUUAAUCCCAGAAGCAAAUAUGGAAGUUCAAAUACCUGAAAUGGUAAUGAAGCCCUUACAGACUGAAGGGGAACAUGAUGGACAAGGAAGCAAGUUCAAAAUGCCAAAGUUUGGAAUUAAAAAGCCAAAACUAAAAGGGCCUGAAUUGGAUGUAAGCUUGCCAAAGAAAGACAUAGAUGUCACACUUCAAGAGGCUAAAGCUGAAGUCAGUCUUCCAGAUGCCCCUGAGGUUGAUGUUACACUUGGAGGCAUAGAUAUUCAAAUUCCACAACAAAAGUUGGAAUUUGAAAAACCUGAUUUGGAAAUCAAACCUCGACAGUCUGAGAUUGAACUUGAUGGACAAGGAAGAAAAUUCAAGAUGCCAAAGCUUGGGAUGUCAAUGCCAAAAGUAAAAGGACCUGAAAUCGACAUCAGCAUAUCAAAGCAAGAUGCGGACAUCAAAUUACCAGAAGGAAAAGCAGAAGUUAGUGUCGUUACAGAUGUUGACCUGAGAGAACCUUCUGCUAAAAUCGAGGUCACAGCUCCUGAGAUUGAACCUCAGUUGGGCAGUGUGAAAGAAUCACCGUCAAAAUUUAAACUGCCAACAUUCAAAUUCCCCAAAUUUGGAACUGCUUCUCCCAAUGUCAGUGCUGAAGUGCCUGACACAGAUGAAGAAAUCAAAAUUGAUGGCGCACGCAUGCACAUAUCUGCACCACACACCACUGUGGAUGUUCCAGAAGUUAAAGCAUCAGUGACAUUGCCAGAUAUUGAAGUCAAGGAACCAUCCGCAGACAUUGUAAUAGUGCAACAGCCAGGCAUUGAGGUAGAUGCAAAAGUGAAAAAGCCAAGAUUUUCACUGCCCAAGUUUUCCUUUUCAAAAACUAGUGUUAAGGCCACAGAAGUUGUCAGUCCAGAUUUUGAUGUUCCUCUUCCAGAAGGAAACAUGGAGAUUGUACCACCUGAAAUAGAGCUUAAACCAACAGGAGCUGAUGGAGAACUAGAAGGACAGGAAAGCAAGUUCAAAAUACCAAAAUCUGGCAUCUCAGUACCAAAACUGAAAGGGCCUGAUAUUGAUUUAAGCCUCUCAACUAAAGAUAUAGAUGUUACAUUACCCAAGGCUGAAGGUAAGGCUGAAAUUCCAGAAGGUCCUGAAGCUGAUAUGAGCUUGUCAAUAAAGGGUGUAGAUAUCAAAUUACCAGAGGUUAAAACUGAGGUCACAUUGCCUGGUGUUGAAGAACUGGAAUCUUCCACUUUAGUACUGGAUGCACCUACAGUUGACACUGAAGCUAAGAUGAAACGACCAAACUGGACAUUUCCAAAGUUUUCAUUUUCAAAAACUAGUGGUAAAGCCCCGGAUGUUGACGUAAAUGUUGAAACACUUGACGCUGAUGUUACAUCACCAGAGGUCAAAGAAGAAAUCUAUCUGCCAGAAGUUGAAGUCAAAGGAUCUUCAGUAAUUACUUUAAUGGAAGAGUCACCCAACGCAGAAUUUGACACAAAUUUGAAAAAAUCUAAAUUUUCAUUACCGAAAAUCUCUUUUUCAAAGUCAAAUGUUGCAACAGCCAAAGUCAGUGCGGCGCUUCCACAGGUUGAUGUGUCUCUUAAAGAAGGAGAAGUAAUAGUCAAACAACCUGAGAUGGAAAUAAAAUCUCCUGAGCUUGAAAGUCAACAAGGUAGCAAAUUCAAAAUACCAAAGUUUGGAAUUGCGCUGCCAAAAGCAAAAGGACCAGAAGUUGAUUUAACUACAUCACAGAAAGAUGCAGACAUCACACUGCCAGACGUAAAAGCCGAGGUCAAGCUGCCUGAAGUUGACGUCAAAGAAUCUUCAACUAGUGUGGAGACUGAGGCAAAGUCGAAAGACGUUGGAGGAUCGCCAUUAAAAUUUAAAAUGCCAACACUGAAGAUGCCUAAAUUUGGAAGUGCCACCCAUGAUGUCACUGUAGAAGCACCAGAUGCAGACAAAGCUGAAAUCAGCAGUGCUAAACUCGAGGAGGAUAUCGCUGUCAAAAUCAGUGGCCCUAGUGUUGAUGUUACCGCUGUGGAUUCUGAAACACCAAAGACUGACACUGACGACAUUGAUCACGGCUCUCCAAGUAGAUUUAAACUGCCAUCAUUUAAAAUGCCGAGGCUGAGUUUUUCAAGACCCAAACCUGAGGAGGAAAAUGUGCCCACUGAAGUUAAAGAAGAUCAACUGGAGACAGCACGAGAGACUAAGUCGCCAAAGAUGACUUUGACAUCGUUUGGUGAGAUGCUCAAGAAUUUUGAUGUUGAAUUUGAUGUUUCACAACCAGACAAAGAGGAAGGAGAAAACCUCGGAACAAGAGACCCCAGUGGAGAUCAGUUAGACGAAAAGGACACAGAUACCAAGCAAGGUGCAGCCAAAACUCCUGAGAAGACAAGUUGGUUUAAAUUCCCCAGGUUUGGGCUUUCCUCUCCAUCAGAACCUGUCAAGACUUUUGAGAAAGACGAGCAACGGGAUGAAAAGAGCCCAGUGGGCGAAACAGGGGCUGAGGAAACAAGUCCUACCUGCUCCGUCCAAUCAUCCGAUGCCUUUGCUGAUAUUAGCUCCACAGUGACGAGUGAGCACGUUGGCGUAUCCAUAUCCUCUCCCACCAAGGUUACCGUCAAAUACUCUGAUCCCAACGGUGCUACGGAGUUAGAAGAGAUCCAUAGCAAAGUCAUUACUUCCACCACAAAGACUGAAAUGAUCUCAGUUGAGCCCGACUUACCUGAGAAAAUCACAAUUUUGUCAUCCGGGGUCUCAUCUUCAUCAGAGGACACCGUCAAACUGGAAUCUGGAAUAAUACACAUCAUUUCAUCAAAUAUACAAGCAACACCAGAGGCACAGCAUGCCAAACUGUUCAGUGCUGUCCAGGUUCAGUCGGCCGGAGGCCUCGCCCUGGAACCGGAGGCUGGCGAAGCUGCAUCGUGGACUGUUGAGGAUUCCCAAAGUGGCAGGAGAACAGUCUUUGAGAGGCACGUCGUCAGGGAAACGUCGAGUGAAAGAAGUGAGAGCAAAGAAACAAUUGUGAUCACAAAACAAGUCACGCAUAUAUUUGACUCCUCCGAACCCAUCUCAGGCGAGACGGCUUCGUCCAUACAGCGACUGAGAGACACUGUGCACUCUGAGAAAAUGAGGUUCUUUGAUGGAGCUGAAAAGUGAAAUAAUUUGAUGUAAAUUACGUUUUUAGAUGCAGUACAGUCUCUCACCGUCGGGUUGUUUAAUUUGCUGAUUGUCAUGUAAGAGGAAGGAGAGAGAGAGAACUUUACAACUGUACAACUUAACUUUGAUCUCAAGUUGCAUGAUUUUGAGCUUUAAAGAGUGUAAAUUAUGACAGGGCUUCAGCAAAUAUCUUUGCUAAUGGUAUAAAACUAAACUAAGCAAUGUCUGUUUGUCAUGUCAUAGUUUUUAAAUGUGCAUUUGAAGUGGUCGAUGCAAAACAAAUCAAUAUUUUUUACAAUAAUUUUACCGUAAAAACACCUUCAAUACACAACUGCAGUAUAUGUCAAAAAAAAAGGAAUAUGUAUAUGUAUUAUCACGAUACUCUUGUUGCAAUAGCUGAAAUGUAAAAAGGAAAAAAAAAACAUAGCAAUGCAAAGCUGAAAUGCUUACAAUCAAUCACAGAAAAUGUGCUGCUGCAAAUAUAUUUUUUACUAAUACUUUGCUACGUAGAACCUAAUUUGCUAAAAAAAAAUGUAUUAUCAUUUUAUUAUGUUUACAUUAUAUUAUCGCUGUAUAAAGUGGGAAUACUGAAGUGGCAAUGUAUAUAUAUAUAGCUUUUAAAUGACCUCCGGAGUUUUAUUCGAUUACUGCUCCUGUUUGUAUUCUAAAAGGCUUUAACUACGAAAGUGUUUGCAGAGUUAUAAACAAUAAAUAAAUAUUAUAACACCCCAAGAA